AUGGAAAUGCAACUAAAGGAAUUAGGUGGUUUAAAAUUUGAAAAGAGGGUGAAGGAAUGUUUUAAGGAUGUUCUUACUUCAAAUCAUGUGGACAUCGCCUUAAAGAAAAAGUCAAAGGCACGUUGGACACAAGAAGAACUAUCGAUGGCUUUCACGUUAAGAUAUUUUAGUAAAAGGGCAUACAUCUAUUUAAGACAAACUCUUCAUUACCCAUUGCCUGCCAUUUCAACACUACAGCAAUGGGCCGCAAAUAUAAAUCUAAAAAAUGGGAUAUUAGAUGAUGUACUGAGGAUUAUGGACACCGCUGGCCAAAUAAAAACACCCUUGAAGAGAAUUACUGUCCUCUCAUACGAUGAAGUAAAAAUAUCCUCACAAUACGAAUAUGAUCAAAAAGAGGAGGAGGUAAUUGGGCCAUUUUCAUAUAUGCAGGUUGUCAUGGCUAGAGGUCUCUUCGACAACUGGAAGCAACCAGUAUAUAUUGGAUUUGACCAAAAAAUGACGAAGCAACUUUUACACAAUAUCAUCACCCAUCUUCACACUAUCAAGUAUGAGGUUAUUGCUUGUGUAUCAGAUUGUGGAGGCGGCAAUCAAGGAUUGUGGAAGGAACUAAACAUUACAACAAGUAACACGUCGAUAGCACAUCCUGUUACUGGUAAUUCAGUUUAUUUUUUUGCCGACGCCCCCCAUCUAAUGAAAUUGUUGCGCAACUGGUUGAUUGAUACUGGUUUUGUCACCAGUGAUGGUGUUAGCAUAAAUAAAUUUCCCUUUGUCGCCCUUAUUGAGUCGAGAGUUUCCGAAAUCAGUUCGUGCCACAGGCUGACAACUCAGCAUGUUAAAUGUGAAAAAGCGCAGCGACAGAAUGUAAGACGUGCCUGUCAGUUGCUUUCACAUACCACCGCAACCGCCUUGAAGCGUUAUAGGCCUGGGAACGAUACAAUAUUAGCCCAAAAUGUAGGAAAUUUUACCGAACUUGUGAAUAACUGGUUUGAUGUAUUAAAUUCAUAUACCUCAACUGCUUCUCUUCCAACAAAAAAGCCGUAUGGUUUAGAAUUGGAAAUGCAACAUAAAUGCCUUAAUGAAAUGGAAGAAACUAUUGAAGGAAUGAGGUGUGUUGGAAAAAACGCCCUCCAGGUGUUUCAAAAGGGUAUCCUAAUAACUUCAAAGUCACUACAGUGCCUAUUUACUGAUUUGAAAGAGAGGCAUGGUAUUUCAUAUUUACUUACUCACCGCUUAAACCAGGACUGCCUAGAGAACUUUUUUUCCCAGUUAAGAACAAAAGGUGGUUUACAUGACCACCCUUCGCCAUUAAAUGCAAUUUACCGGGUACGGAUGAUUUUAUUAGGGAAAAAUCCAGGAAUGGUCCAAACGCAUUCCAAUGUUGAAAUACCAAAGGAAAUGGAUGGAGAGUACUUGAUGGCUGCUGCUGUCAAGCAGGCCCAACUUAAAAAUUUGGUGGUAACAGAACCAUCUAGUACUGAAGAAACCGAACUCAAUGAAAGCUUCAGUUCGGAGAGUACUGCUUCUGAUGCCCCAUUAAGAAAAUCUUGGGUGGAAGAUGAUGGUACUCAAUAUUUAGCAGGAUUUAUUGCUAAGAAAUUUAUACAUAAAUACCCAUACCUAGGUGGGCACAGUUACAAAGAUGAAGAGGCUCUUAAUUUACAUUCUUACGCCAUGCCCUCAUGGGUACAAAGUCUAUCGUUCGGGGGUCUGAUUCAGCCAUCGGCUGAGUGGAUGCGUCAGAUGCAAGUUAUGGAAACUUACUUUAUUAAAUUCCACAAAGAUAAUUUUUCUCCAGGUAAAAUAAUUAUUAAAAGGACAACAAACUACAUUAUCAAAAAAUUGCAAAAGAAAAAAAUAGAUGUUCCAUAUGAAUUAGUGAAAUCAUUUUCGAAGCAAAGAAUUUUUAUUAGAAUUAAAUAUCUAAAUUUAAAAAGAGAAUGUACUGAUAGAAAAAGAAGUUCUGAAGGCGAUGGCUAUCAGAGAAAACGGUUGCGCAGUGACAAUGGUGAUUCCGUAAUUGUUGAUCGAUAUGUCUUAAUGGAAUUAGUAGAAGCUGUCAAAAAACAGAAUGUAUUGGUCGUCGAUUUGAAAAACGAAUUAGUUGAAAUUCGUAAGGAAAACAAGACUCUUAUCAACAAGGUCGCCGCGUUAGAAGAUAUAGUGUCAAAUAAUAACAAACAACAAAUGUCAUUUGCCAAUAUUACUAAAGGCAUUAAUCGCAAUACGCCAGUCAAAUCUUCAACACGUGCUACUACUGCUACUAAACAUUCAACAGCUAUCCCGUCAACAUCGCAGGAGCAGGUCCAUAAUGCCGUUACGAAUGCCAUUGAUAAUUUAGAUAAGCCGAAGACUGAUGACUUUCAAGUAGUAACGUCCCGCCGGAGGAGAUUUCAAAAGCCUCUUUUUAUUGGGGAAAUGGACUCCGGGAAUGUUAAUGGCGGUUCCGAUUCCAAUACCUUCGAAGGAUCAGAGAGACGUCAAUGGGUGUAUGUAGGCAGAGUUAGAAGUGGUACUUCCUCGGAUACCAUUACUGAUUUUGUUAAAUCGAAAUGGAAUCUUACCGAUGUUGUCUCUUCUCUACUAGUUGAUAAUAAAGACACCUGCUCUUUUAAAGUUGGUGUAAGGGAAUCGCACUUGAAAAGUUUGCUGGAUGCGAGCAAGUGGCCCAAGGGCGGUGGGGCCGGUGUCAGAAGGAUAACUAAUGACUCUGCAUUUAUGGAUAUUUAUUAUCAAAAUGUUAGAGGCCUAAAGACUAAGGUGAAAUCGGUUUAUUGUAAUUCAUUAUCCAUCGAUUUCGACGUUAUUGCUUUAACGGAAACGUGGUUAACUCCUGAAAUUGCUUCCGGUGAACUAUUCGAUGCAAAUAUAUUUACUGUAUACCGCAAAGAUAGGUCGCCCGUAACGAGUGUCAAAGUUCGUGGUGGUGGUGUGCUUAUCGCAAUCAAAUCAACAUUCAAAUCGCUUCCUCUGAAUGUACAUCAAGUUUCCAUCGUAGAAGAAAUUUGGGCAAUAAUCGAUUUAAGUCCUCAGGGGACCAUUCUUGUUUGCUGCACCUAUAUCCCGCCCAACUCUGAUGUUGCUGUCUAUGAAUCCCACAUAACGUCUGUGGAAUCAGCUCUUGAUAAAUUCCCGGAAGCCAGAGUUAUACUGUUAGGAGAUUAUAACCUGACUAAUACCACUUGGGAUAGCGACGAGGAAGAUGGACACCUUACUGCUUUUUGUAAUCGCAACCGCAUUUCAGAGCUUAUAUGUGACGCAUUCAACCUGUUCGGCUUCCAUCAAUUCAACUCAAUCAACAACCGGGUGAAUGACAAUAUCCUUGAUCUAGUCUUUUCUAACUGUGAUACUUCCGUUUCUAACUGUGAUAUUAAUUUAGUUAACUGUGAUUCCUACCACCCAGCACUUAGUGUAGCGCUUCACACCCACCAAGGUUUCUUCAAGUGUGAUGACUCGAAUCAACAACCAGUCUACAAAUUCAAUUUCUCGAAGGCUCCUUAUGAUCAAAUCAAUGACUACAUUCGUUCCGUGGACUGGCAUUCACUAUUUUUCAAUGGAGAUUUGGAAUCAAAUGUUGAAAACUUUUACACAGUCAUCUACGACAUUUUAAAUGUAUGUGUUCCAAAAAUUAAAUGUUUUAAAUCAACGUACCCGCCAUGGUUUAGUAGUAAACUACAUAAGCUGAUUAGGGAUAAGAAGCUUGCCCACAAAACAUAUAAAGCAUCUAAGAGCAACAUCGAUUAUCAAGUUUUUACCGAGUUGCGAACUCAGUGUAAAUCCUUGACCACACAGUGCUAUGACACCUUUAUUAAAACCUGUGAAGAAAAUGUUACUUUAAAUCCGAAGUCGUUCUGGAAAUUUUAUCAUAAUAUGAACAAAACUUCUAUUAUCCCUCCUUUGAUGAUAAAAGAUGAUGAGUCCACAUCUGACCGUCGUGAAAUUGCCAAUCAUUUUGCCAAACACUUUUCUACAGCUUUCGUGGAGGGCCGCAUUCACGAAAAUUCGUUCUCCACGACCAGUGAAAUCGCGCUCGCUCAGUUCAAAAUAACGGCCGAGGAGGUUUUUGGCGGUCUAUCAGCUAUUGAUGAAUUUGGAAGCACAGGACCGGAUGAAAUUCCACCAAAAUUUCUCAAGAACUGUGCUCAAUCAAUAUUCCGACCAUUGUUCCUUUUAUUUUCAUCUUCGUUGGAGAAAAGUGUUUUUCCGAGUGCCUGGAAGAAUUUGAAAAUUACACCGAUUUUCAAGAAUGGAAUCAAGCCCGAUUACAAUAACUACAGACCAAUAUCCAUCCAGUCGGCUAUACCGAAACUUUUCGAAUCCAUAGUUGUCCGGCAGUUCACCCAGGCCUUCUCGCAAGUGUUAUCGGUUAAUCAACAUGGUUUUACAAAAGGAAGAUCCGUGGAAACAAACCUGUUUCUAUACUUGAACCGGAUUUUUGGUUCUCUUGAUCAAGGUAUUGAAGUGCACUCGAUCUACACAGAUUUUUCCAAAGCAUUUGACCGGGUUAACCACAAAUUGCUGAUAUUCAAGCUAAAAAAGUACGGUCUAGGUAACCAAGCAGUGAAAUGGUUGGAAAGCUACUUAGCUGGUCGUAAAGCACGAGUCCAAAUCGAUGACACUUUGUCGGAUCCCAUUGACAUCAAAUCUGGAGUUCCGCAAGGGACACAUUUCGGCCCGCCUUUGUUCCUGGCAUACGUCAACGACAUAUCUUCGAUAUUCUCCUCAAAUCAUGCCCUUUUUGCUGACGAUCUUAAGCUCGACUACAGACCUAUCGAGAACACCCUGGAUGUGCUGAUCCUUCAACAAGAUUUGGUACAACUUGAAAUAUGGGUAUUAGAUAAUGAUUUGCAACUGAACUUAACCAAAUGUUGUUCAAUUUGUUUUUCGAAGAAAUCAUCGCCUUCUGUUCCGCUCUACCAUCUUUGUGGUCAAGAACUUCAACAUAUGGGCAUCAUCAAGGACCUGGGGGUAGUACUUGACACAAAAUUGAAUUUCCAGCAUCACUACGAUCAUGUUAUUUCGAAGGCUAGCAAAAUGGUUGGGCUCAUUCGUCGCCAAUGUCGCAUCUGGACUAUUGCUGCACGAUCUGGUCACCAUACUACUUAACUCACGUCAAUCGGUUGGAAAAGAUACAGAACAAUUUUCUUCGCCUUAUAAAGUACAAAUUCCUUCUUCAUGGAAUCAUUUUGGAUCGCACUGAAAAUGUCCGACUUUACUUGGGAAUACUGACUCUUAAACAGAGGAGAAAUUUACUUACCGCAUGUUUUGGUUUCAAACUACUAAAUGGUCACCUAAACUGUCCGGAUAUUUUAUCCACUAUUAAUUUAAAC